UGCCGAUGAUGCGCGCUGCUCAGGCGCUCGCGGGUUCAGUGCUGGUGCUCGAUGCGAGGCGAGUGCGCGCGCGACGGUGCAGCACGAGUGCUCGCGCUCGUACGGGACUGUUUUCGUUGAUAUCGUCGAAGAGCGUUCUGGCCACCGUCUCGUGCACAAUCGUAAUACGAUCCGGGGGUUGAUUUUGUGACGAGGUGAAAGAACGGGAAAUUCGCGCGCUUCGAUAUCUCGCGGAAUCGUACAUACCCGAUAGAAGGAUUGAAAAAAAGGAGUAUCUUUAUUUGUGAGCCGCGAAAGAGAAAAGAGGAGUAUUUUUAUUUGUGAGGGCCGCGCGGGACGACGGCCGAUCUACACGGGGGUGGUUGACGAGGGCUCGCGGAAGCGCGGGCGAACGGUGCGGCGUUCCGGGGUGGCUGCAGCGGGGUGGCUCGCGACUGGUGGCCAACCCGCGGAUAAAGGGCGAGGGAAAUGGGCCGCUCCGCGUUUGAUACGUGAUACGAGGUGCGUGAGCGUGCGCGCGCGCGCGCGCGCGUGUGUGUUCUCUUUCCCUCUUAUUCCGUGGAGCAGCCCCGCGCGUGUGUAUGUGGCGUGCGUGCGUGUGUCGUCGUCGUCGGCCUCCACGUCCUCCCCGUUGUUGUUGUCGUCGUCGUCGCCGUCGUGCCGAGCCGAGCCGCGAGUCUGUGUGCCGCCCGUAUCACGCGUGUGCGUUGCGUGAAUGAAAAAGGAAGAAGGGGGAGGGCCGCUCGUUACCCCAAGAUUGCCGAAGCGAGCGUCGUUGUGGUGACCGUCGUCGCCGUUGCCGUCGUCGCCGUCGCCGCCGUUGCCCCGCGACGUUGACGUCAAGAGCAAAAGGGGCGGGCUGCUCUUCGUGAAAAUGCGGCGCGAUAUGACGACGGUGAGGGGUGGUGUCGUCGCGACAACGACGACAACGGCGGCGGCGACGAUGUCGUUGACAGCGUCAUUGUGGUUGACAACAUCAUCGAGAGGAUCCUCGACCGCGUUGUCACCGAUGUCGACGUCGACGUCGACGGUGACAACGGUGAGCGCGACCACCCCGUUCCGUCGCCCGUUCGCGGUGACGCUAUCGCUGUUGCUGCUGAUGUCGAUGCACCCUGGCCCGGCCGCGGCCGCCUGCCGGUGGACCAACGAGGCUGGCAACGACACCCGUUCGGCGGACUGCGCCCUUCGCGUCCUGGAUCCUACGGCAAUCGUCACUCUGGCACCGUCCCUCGACGGCGCUCUCAAGCUACGGAUACGCUGCAGCGAUGUACAUCACUUCGAGAGCAGCUUCAACGCGCAAAGCUGGCAGCGGCUGGCUGGCUUGCACGAGUUGCACGUGCACGGUUGCAAGGUGCUGCGUAUCCCGGAGGAUGCGUUUCAACCGCUGCCGGAUCUCAAGCGGCUCGUCGUGCAAACGUUCAAUGCCGCUUGGGGUGCCGCCAGGUAUCUGGAAUUCGCGCCGAGCUCGCUCCGCGGCCUACGCGAGCUUCACACGCUGGAGAUCGUCGAGAGCAACGUGCUAGCGCUGCCGCCCAGGCUGCUCUGCGAGCUGGACAACCUGCAGACCCUCAAUCUCACCGGCAAUCGUAUACGGGACGUCGACGACAUCGGGCUGACGGUGCGCGCCGACGUCAACGGCGGAUCCUGCCGCGCGGAUAUCCGAAUCCUGGAUCUGUCGCGCAACGAAUUACGGCAAUUAUUCGACGACGGUCCGCUGGUGGGCUUACGGCAGCUGCAAGAGUUACACCUGCAGCGCAAUGCGAUUACCGAGAUCGGCAAGAAUGCUCUGCACGGACUCACCGUACUGCGUACGUUUAACGCCAGCCAUAACGCCUUGGACUCGUUACCCGAGGAUUUGUUCAAAACCACGCGCGACCUGCGGGAGAUACACCUGGCGCACAAUGGCCUGCGAGAUCUGCCGCGGGGCGUGUUCACCCAGCUGGAGCAGCUGCUGGUCCUAAAUCUCGCCAACAACCGGCUCGGCAGCGAUCAAGUUGACGAGACCACUUUUCUCGGUCUGAUCCGCUUGAUCGUGCUCGACCUCUCGUACAACCAGCUGACGCACAUCGACGCGCGUAUGUUCAAGGACCUGUUCUUCCUGCAGAUCCUCGAUCUACGCAACAAUUCGAUCGAUCGUAUCGAGAGCAAUGCCUUCCUGCCGCUCUACAAUCUCCAUACGCUCGAACUUUCCGACAACAAACUGCACACUAUCGGAGCGCAGCUCUUCAACGGUCUGUUUGUGCUAAAUCGUCUGACCAUGUCCGGGAACUCGAUUUCAAGCAUCGACGCGAUGGCGUUUCGCAACUGUUCCGAUCUCAAGGAACUGGAUCUCAGCGGCAACGAGCUCACCGCCGUGCCGGACGCGUUACGUGACCUCGCCUUCCUCAAGACCCUCGACCUGGGCGAGAACCACAUCAGCGAGUUCCACAACGGUUCCUUCCGUAAUCUACAUCAGCUCACUGGCCUACGUCUAAUCGGCAACGACGUCGGCAAUCUGACGCACGGUAUGCUCUGGGACCUGCCGAAUUUGCAGAUACUCAAUCUGGCCCGGAAUAAAGUGCAACACGUGGAAAGGCACGCGUUCGAUCGUAAUAUCAAGUUGGAGGCCAUUCGCUUGGAUGGCAAUUUUUUGUCGGACAUCAACGGUGUAUUUACCAGCAUCACCAGUCUCCUGCUGCUGAAUUUAUCGGAAAAUCACAUAGAAUGGUUCGAUUAUGCCUUCAUACCUGUUAAUCUCAAAUGGCUCGACAUUCACGGCAACUUUAUCGAAAGUCUCGGUAACUAUUACAAAAUUCGCGACUCCAAGGUGAAGACUUUGGACGCCAGUCACAAUCGCGUCACCGAGCUCUCGCCGUUGUCCGUGCCGGAUAGCGUGGAGCUAUUGUUUAUCAACAAUAACUAUAUCACCACCGUGCGGUCGAAUACGUUCGCUGACAAAGUAAAUCUCACCCGGGUUGACAUGUACGCGAACAUGAUCGAGACGAUGGAAUUGACGUCGCUGCUGCUGACCAAGGUGCCGGAAAACAAACCGCUGCCGGAGUUCUACAUCGGCGGCAACCCCUUCAAUUGCAACUGCUCGAUGGACUGGCUGCCGGCCAUCAAUAACCAAACCUCGACGAGGGAAUAUCCACGCGUCAUGGAUCUUGACAAUGCCAUGUGCCGUACCUCCGGGCCGCGGGGAGUCGCCAUCGUUCCUGCCUCGACCGCACGCUCGGAGCAAUUCCUCUGCCGUUACGAGGCGCAUUGUUUUGCUCUCUGCCAUUGCUGCGACUUCGACGCCUGCGACUGCGAGAUGACCUGUCCGGCCGGCUGCAAGUGUUACAAUGACCGUACGUGGAACACCAACGCAGUCGAUUGCUCGGGUCUCGGGGUCGAAGAAAUCCCGCGUAGGAUACCGAUGGACGCGACCGAGGUCUAUCUUGACGGGAACGUGUUGCGGGAGUUGCAGAACCACGUGUUUAUCGGCCGGAAAAACAUGCGCGUGCUAUACGUGAACGCCAGUGGCAUCGAGUCUAUUCAGAAUCGCACCUUCAACGGUCUCAACAACUUGCAGAUCCUGCAUCUCGAGGACAAUCGGAUACGUGAACUCAAAGGUUUCGAGUUUGAGCGAUUGUCGCACCUGCGCGAGCUUUAUUUGCAGAACAACGUGAUCGGCUUCAUCGGUAAUUUGACCUUCCUGCCGCUACGCUCGCUCGAGAUCCUCAGAUUGCACGGCAAUCGGUUGGUAACCUUCCCAGUGUGGCAAGUCACCUUGAACGCUCGAUUGGUCGAACUGUCGCUCGGUGGCAACCCGUGGUCGUGUCGAUGUAAGUUUUUGCAGGAAUUAUCUUCGUGGGUGUCGGACAAUGCGCACAAGGUUAUUGACGCUGGCGACGUAUGGUGUUACUAUGGCGGUGACGCCAGGCCAUCUUAUCGGCGUCGUUUAAAUGUCAACGAGACUGCCUGCUCGGACUAUUUUGCUCAAGGCGGUGUCAUCGAGAGUAUCAUGGUGUCGGACUAUUUGCCGUUGGUAGCUGCUACUCUCUCGGCUAUUAUCGUUCUCUUGGUGAUCAUAGUACUCGCUUUCGUGUUCCGCGAACCGGUCGGUGCCUGGGCCUACUCCAAGUACGGGUUGCGAUUCUUGCGUACGAAAUCGGGCAAGGCUGCGACGACGGCGAGCAUGGGUCCCGCGGCCGCGAUGAGCGCGGGUUGCUGCGACGCCGAUCGCGAUCGUCUCUACGAUUGUUACGUGUGUUACAGUCCGAAUGACGAGGACUUUGUCUUGCACUCGUUGGCGGUCGAACUAGAACACGGCGCGGCCGGUCUAAGACUCUGCCUUCAUCAUCGGGACUUGCCUUGCGUGUUGCGCGCCUCCGCGCCCGCACCGGCCGUCCUCGAGGCGGUGGACGCGUCGCGACGCGUGCUGAUCGUGCUUACCCGUGAUUUCCUUCAAACCGAAUGGUCGCGCUUCGAGUUUCGCGCAGCGCUGCACGAGGCAUUACGCGGUCGUGCCUCCCAGCUGAUCGUCAUCCAAGCCGGCCACGUUGGCGCCGAGGUCGAACGCGAUCCCGAGCUGCGGCCUUAUCUGAGAACGGCGGCGCUCAUACUCACAUGGGGCGAGAAGAGGUUCUGGGAACGAUUGAGAUACGCCAUACCGUCGUCCACGACAACUGCGAUCAUUGCUGCUAGUACUACCACCACUACCACCGCUGUCGGUGACAUAUCUAUCGAGAGCAAAUCCUCGCCGUUGGUCUACAAACGCAAUAUCAACACCUACACGCUGGACGGCGGUGUCGGCGGCGUCGGCGGUCUCGAGAAAACCGGGAUGUCGACGCUGCGUGGCGGCCAACGCGCCGCGCUCUUUAAAGACGCCUCGUCGGCGCUGAUGCUGCAACACGCUCCGCCCGCUUAUUCGUGCGGCGGUGGCCCGCUUCCCCCGAUGCUGCCGCAGCAACAGCAACAACAGCAGCCGCAGCCGCCGCCGCCAUCGUCGUCGCCAGCGCAGCCCAGGUUAACCGUCAAUCACGCUUACCGGGACGCGGUGCCGGCCAAUAAUCUCGUCACGACCACUGUCGCCACCACCAACACCGCCAACUGCGGCGUUGGCGAGGACCACAGGAGACCGCUGUCCGAGCACAUCUACUCGUCCAUCGACUCGGACUACUCCACCCUCGAGAGGACCGCCUGGAGACAGCAGCAACUGCCACCCCCGCCGCCCCCACCCACCUCCGGACAGGCCUACCUGGUUUAGCUCCCUGCGACUGACCCCGAUAUCCCCGCGUACCCAUGGGAUCGUGGUGCCGUCGACCCAACUGCGAUAACGACGAGCGGCGGUAGUAGCUCGUUCCCAAAAGGUUGUGCUUGGUCCCGUGCUCGUCCACGUGACGCACGGUCGGUGACUUCGAUAGACUGUGAUUUUUCGAAGACGUUGCGCGCGUGCAGAGCCACGGACCCCCGCGAGAUUCGUGUACAUAGUUCAGAGACGU